GAUUUAAACCCGAGAUGUUAUUUUGCAAAUUAGUCCUCAUGGAAGGAGUCUGACUCUCUCCAGCCUGUUGCUGCGUAUCUCCUGGUGGAGGUGAUCGAGCUGUCGGGUGGGGGGUGCCGUCAGAUACGCAGUCACCCGGGGGGCGAGGGACACCUGUCGCAUGCUGCAGAUGGUACGGACCCUCGCCCAGUUCACCAUCGCCCUGGAGGAGAUGCAGGAGAGCGGAGAGAGCACCAGUGAUGAUGGAGGAGGAGGAGGGGUGGGUGAAGAGGUGGGCAGGACCGUCACUGUCGAGCCCAAUGGAAACGGGGUUGGGGGAAGAGUGGGCACCCCUCAGACCAGUGCUGAGGUACGAGCCUUACAGCACAGACCGUCGAUGGUUGUUGUAGUCUCAACCUGUUGCUAUGGCUACAUGAAGCCCCUCAAGCACCCGGAAAACUCGCCUCUCUGUGACCCGUCUCUGGUGGACGAGAUGUUCUACCAGAUCCCUGAGAUUCUGGAGCAUCACGAGCAGUUCCUGGAGCAGGUGCUGGACUGUGUCAACCAGUGGCACGACAAACAGACUAUCGGGCAUGUGCUCAUCCAGUCGUUUUCCAAAGAGAUCCUCGCCAAUAUUUAUUCAGCGUACAUCGACAACUUCAUGAACGCCAAAGAUGCAGUGAGAAUCGCCAAGGAGGCCAAGCCGGCUUUCCUAAAGUUUCUAGAGCAAAGCAUGCGUGAGAAUAAAGAGAAACAAGCUCUGGGUGAUCUGAUGAUAAAGCCAGUACAGCGGAUCCCACGAUACGAGCUGCUAGUUAAGGAUCUUCUGAAGCACACUACUGAAGAUCACCCUGACUACCUGUUUCUGCUGGACGCCCAGAAGAACAUCAAGCGAUUGGCUGAGAGGAUCAACAAGGGCCGGCGCACCGCGGAGGAGCUGGAGAGAGAGACGCGCGUCAUGCAGGAGAUCGAGGCGCACAUCGAGGGCGUGGAGCAUAUCCUGAAUCCACAGAGGACGUUUCUAAGACAAGAGAUGGUGGUGGAAGCGAAAACGGUGGGCGGUAAGAAGGACCGGUCUCUGUUUCUGUUCAGCGAUCUGCUCAUCUGCACCACGCUGAAGAGAAAGUCUGGAUCUCUGCGCAGGAGCUCCAUGAGUCUAUACGCCGCUGCUAGUGUCAUUGACACCUCGAGUAAAUAUAAGUUCCUGUGGAAACUGCCCUUAGAAGACAUUGAGGUGGUUAAAGGCUCUAAUCAAGCCACUAACAGAGAAACCAUCCAGAAAACCAUCAGCCGUCUGGAUGAAGAUCUCAGCACGCUUGGCCAAAUAAGCAAACUGUCAGAAACACUCAGUUUCCCUCAUCAGAGUUUGGACGAUGUGAUAAAGGAUCUGAUGGCGUCGGUUCACCGGGAGCUGGCCGAGAAGCAGUCUCUGGCCUUCAGCAUGACGUUACUGCCCACUAAAUUAGAGCUGACCAGCACUUCAGCAGAGACCACCUUCAUCUUUGAGUUCAGCAGCCCUGACACCCGCAGUAACUUCGAGCAGGCCUUUGAGGAGGCCAAGAAGAAGCUUGCCAUGAACAAAGACCAGUGGGACCCUGAGUUCCUGAAGGCCAUUCCCAUCAUGAAGACCCGCAGCGGGAUGCAGUUCUCCUGCGCCUCCCCCAGUCACAGCUGUCCAGAGAACACGUAUGAGGUGUGGGUGUGUAACAGCGACGGGUACGUGGGUCAGGUGUGUCUGCUGAACAUCCGGGACGAGCCCACGGUGGAGGCCUGCAUCGCCGUCUGCUCCGCUCGCAUCAUCUGCAUCGCAGCCGUGCCGGGCCUGAAGAACAGAGAACGUGUGGGUCAUUCCACCCCCUCUGCCCCGUCUGAGUCAAACCCUGCAGCGUCUGCACAACCCCAGCUCCACAUCUGCAUCUCCGGCUCAUCUCUGGAGCUCAGCAAGCCGCCCGCGGUCCCCGCCGCAGAGCUCGUGCCCUUCGAUAGCGACGACACCGAUGAUGAAGACUCUCCAAGCCCUUCAUCCACACUGCAGAGCCAAGCCUCCCAUUCCACCAUCUCAUCCAGCUUCGGCAAUGAUGAAGCAGCCGUUUCAAAGGACAUGGCCAUCGAGACCACGAGCUCCGAGGAGGAACAGGAAUUUCCCGUCCCGAGCACAUUCGGGGCCCCUCGGCUCAGUGCGGACAGUCCCGUGGAUGGCCGAGCCAUGCGGCGGUCCAGUCGAGGCUCCUUCACCCGGGCCAGUCUGGAGGACCUGCUGAGCAUCGACCCCGAGGCGUAUCAGAGCUCUGUCUGGCUCGGGACCGAGGACGGCUGUAUUCAUGUGUACCAGUCGUCAGACAACAUCAGAAACAGGAAGAACAGUAUGAAGAUGCAGCACUCUGCUUCUAUCCUGUGUAUCCUGUAUCUUGACAACAAAGUGUUUGUGUCCCUGGCGAACGGGGAGGUGAUUGUUUAUCAGAGGGAGGCAGGAAGUUUCUGGGAUCCUCAGAGCUCUCAAACGCUGUGUCUGGGCGCUCCAACUGGACCCGUGACCAAAAUGGUUCCUGUUGCGGGAAAACUGUGGUGUGGCUGUCAGAACCGAGUCCUCAUCAUCAACACCAGCUCUGAUGCCAUUAUCCGGCAGCACAAAGCAGCAUGUUUGCGGAUCACAGCUCUUCUGGCGUGUAAGGACCUGCUGUGGAUCGGCACCAGUGCAGGGGUGGUCCUGACUCUGGCCAUCCCGCCCGUGUCCUCCAGCACUGGGCCGGGCUCUCUGCGGGCUCCCCUCCUCCCCAUGGGCUCCGCCCACGGACACACCGGACACGUCCGCUUUUGUGUGUGUGUGCACCACUGCUUUUUAAUGAAGAACUGUUUCAGAAUCAAAUCAAAUCCCCGUCUCAUUUUUUUCUUUCUUUUAGGCUCUGAUGCCAUUAUCCGGCAGCACAAAGCAGCAUGUUUGCGGAUCACAGCUCUUCUGGCGUGUAAGGACCUGCUGUGGAUCGGCACCAGUGCAGGGGUGGUCCUGACUCUGGCCAUCCCGCCCGUGUCCUCCAGCACUGGGCCGGGCUCUCUGCGGGCUCCCCUCCUCCCCAUGGGCUCCGCCCACGGACACACCGGACACGUCCGCUUUCUCACGUGCAUUGAGCUGCCAGAGGGCUUUGACGUCAACUUCCCACCACCGUCCGAAUCCGUGAACUCCGCACAGAACAGCUCUGAGAGCAGCAGCGGAGGCCUGCAGAGACGAGACUCCUCCCGGCGGCGCGCCUCCACCCUCCUGCCCACCAAAUCCAACCUGCUGGUCAUCAGCGGCGGCGACGGCUAUGAAGACUUCAGACUGACCAAUAGCAGCGAGACGGUGGGGAGGGACGACAGCACCAACCACUUACUGCUGUGGCGCGUGUAGCAGAAGCCCCGCCCCCUCGACACACUUCCCCCCACGAAACCCCGCCCCUUCCUGUUCUCUGAUGCGUUGUGCACGAGCAUGUAAGACGUCAACCAAUGGGGUGUUUGUUUUUCGUUCCGUUGUGUUAUGGGUCAUUUCGUUUCUCGGUGUAAAAUAUCUCGAUCUCGCUUGCCAUGUGGUGUUUCCUGUGGCUGCUUUUGAAUAUUGUGUUGAAACUUAAAAAAACCAAGCGGACGAAACGAUCAUUACCUUGAAGAAGAAAAGAGAAAAAGCAGGAAAAGGUGAAGUAAAAAAGAAAGGAACAAGUAUUGUUGGAUAGAGAGUGGGUUUGAAUGCAUCGCACGAGGCCGGGAGGAUUGUGGGUAAUGUGGAUGGACGUACAAAGUGGAAAGACGAGUUUUUCAUCCUUCGAUUCGUCAGUCCGCACACUACUGGUCUUGACAGACUGUGAUUUCAUUGGAGAAUGAAGAUGUUUUUGUUAAAGCUCUCGUUUGUGGUGUUCGGGGCGAGAUGAGAGUUAAUCUUACGUAACCAAUGUGCAAUAUAAGGCUAGAGUACCCGCGAACCGCUAUAUGACACACACACUUUACUACUUCAGUAAUCAACAAACUCACAGUCAGAGUUAUUACACAUUAUAACAUUAUUCUUUUGGUUAUCGAAUCAUCUUUAUGUAUAAAAAAAAAUAAGACUUCACUAUGUUAUGUGAAAGAACAGCAAUGACAUUCCAUAUAUAGGUAUUGUGACAAAAAACCUUUUGUACAGUAUUUAUGUUUUUUCAUUUUUAGUUAAGUCUUUUUUUAUAGCACUUAAUUUAUAAAUAAAGUAGUCUGGCGUUUUUCUCUACUGAAAGAUUUUGACGCUCAACUCAAGUUGGGUCAGUGAGGUUGCAUUUGUACCAUUUUUGAAAAAUGAUUCCGGUGAAUCUCACAAAGAAACAUCCAGGUCAUAUUUCACCCCAAAAU